UCCUGCCCUGGGACAUCUAUCCUGCUUACUGCUUCACAUCUGGAUCCUCACCUGUCAUGGAUCUUCUCCCUUUGCUUUUUUACCUGUACACAGUGCUGGUGCCACGGGGCUGUGGAUUCAGUGUGGAUGUGGACACACCAACCAUCUUCCCAGUGCAAACUCAGAGCUUUGGAGCAAGCGUGGCACAAACAAGAAACGCAGUGUUUGUUGGGGCUCCACUCGAAAAAGGAGACAUGAAUGAAGUGGGUAGAAUUUACCGGUGUGACGCUCACACAGGAAGUUGUGAAAAAAUUAAUAUUCAACGACCAGUCGAUGCUGUCAAUAUGUCACUUGGUUUGUCAUUGGCUGCCCAUGAUUCUCAGGUCUUGGUUUGCGGGCCUACAGUUCACCGAACCUGUGGGGAGAAUAUGUAUGUGAAUGGCUACUGUUUCCUUCUGGACCAGAAUCUCCAACAGCUCCAACGCUUCCCAGAGACGUUGCCAGAAUGUACAACUCACCCAACAGACAUUGUGUUCUUGAUUGAUGGCUCGGGUAGCAUUGACGGGGCAGACUUUGAACGGAUGAAGCAGUUUGUUUCUCAGACCAUCAAGAGACUCUCUGGCAGAGACACGCGGUUUGCCCUCAUACAGUUCUCAGACAAAUACCUGGAACACUUUAAUUUCAACAGCAAAGACCCAGAGCAACUUGUUCUGGAUAUUUAUCAGGUCAGUGGAUGGACCCGAACAGCUACAGCCAUCCGAAGAGUUGUGCGGGAACUGUUCACCUCAGAGAAGGGAGCUCGGAAAGGAGCCACCAGGAUUCUUAUUGUGAUAACAGACGGGGUGAAGACUGACAACCUUCAGUACUGGCAAGUGAUUCCGGAGGCUGAGCAAGCAGGGAUCAUCCGCUAUGCUAUUGGGGUGGGUGAUGCUUUUUCGAGAUCCAAUGCCAGGCAGGAACUGGACGACAUUGCCUCUGAGCCAAAGGCAGAGCAUGUCUUCACGGUGUACAAUUUCAAUGCUCUCAAAGGCAUCCAGGACCAGCUGCAGGAUAAGAUCUUUGUCAUUGAAGGCUAUUCCUCUCAGCCUGUCCAGCACAAUGGUAAAAUUAGUUUUGUGGUGGGAGCUCCCCGCUAUGACUACGUUGGCAAAGUGGUUCUGUUUGAGAAACAUCCCAGGCGUGGAGAAUGGCAACUGAAAGCAGAAGCUGUUGGAGAACAGGUUGGUUCAUAUUUUGGAGCAACUCUGUGCUCAGUGGACUUGGAUCAAGAUGCAAACACAGAUCUGGUUUUGGUUGGAGCCCCCAUGUACAAUGACACUGUCACUGGAGGAAGGGUCUACAUCUGUGAAUUUAUGGCAAAGGGGACAAAGGGGCAGUCACUUCAUUGUAGCACAACUUUGAAAGGGCAGGCCGGACACAUUUUUGGUCGCUUUGGGGCCAGCAUGGCAGAAGCAGGUGACAUAACUGGGGAUGGAUGGAUGGAUGUGGCAAUUGGGGCGCCCCUGGAAGAUGAAAACGCUGGAGCUCUGUAUAUCUUUGCAGGGAAGCAGACGUCACUCAACCCCAAAUACAUCCAGCGCAUUGGAGGGCUACGUUUUACUGGAGGGCUCUUGUACUUUGGCCAAGCUGUCAGUGGAGGGACAGACCUUACAGGGGAUGGGCUGAAGGACAUAGCUGUGGGACAACAGGGACGGGUCCUAUUACUCAGGUCCCGUCCUGUUCUGGAUCUGAGAGUCUCUAUUGAGUUCCAGCCCCCUUUGAUUCCCACCUCCAUCUUCAGGUGUCAGAGCCAAGAACUUGUGGAAAAGAUGGCCAGUGUGGCAAGAGUGUGCUUCACUGUUUCCAAAGCUACAAAGGAUAAAUUAGGUGUUAUUUUUAGUGACCUUCAAUACAGCCUGGCCCUGGAUUCUGAGAAGACAAAGAUUCUUGCCUCCUUCAGCUCUAAAUCUCCUGUUUGGAAUUCAGGUUUCAAGAUUGGGCUUGAACAAAAAUGCAAGGAUCAUGCCAUCAAUUUACCUAGCUGCAUUGAAGAUACCCUGACUCCCAUCACCUUGAGGCUCAAUUAUAGCCUUGUGGGGAACCCCAUUGAUCAAGCCCAGAGACUCCAGCCGAUCCUGAGCCAAGAGUCCCAGCAGAUCUACACUGCCCAGCUCCCCUUUGAGAAGAACUGUGGCAGUGAUGGGAAAUGUCAAGAUGCUCUACAAACCUCAUUUACUUUCUCAAGCGCUGAGGAAUCAACUAAGUAUGUCAACUUUACGACUGGUCAGGAAGGCUCAAGAAAGAGUGUGGAGCAUCGCUAUGAGGUGAAGGGCGAAGUGUGGUUUUGUGACUUGUGA